AUACUUAUGUAUCCAAAAUCGAGGCAUGCCAAAAUCGAACCGUGCUAAAAUCGAACCAUGCCAAAUACGAAAUCUCACUGUAUUGCUUUUCCCUUGACUUUUCCGUGUUGGUUUGGUAUACUUCCAGAAAACAGUACCUCUAAUUGUGGCUUAUCAACGGUGGAAAAGACGCGAGCUGGGGCAAAGAUUAUGACUGAAAUGAUUUAAUGCAGUUGCGCUUUGUUUCUUGAAUUGAUCUACAUCAGUCAGCCCUCGAUCAACGUUGAGUUAGGAAGCGCUUUUGUGAAAAUUAAUCAGCAAUUGUAAAUGGCUACGUUUGAUCCAACAGAACACCAACAUACCCGUUUCAACCCAUUAACAGGGCAAUGGAUAUUGGUAAGCCCGCAUCGUAUGCAGCGGCCUUGGUCAGGUCAAGAAGAGCGACCACAAUCUAUAGAUUUACCUGAAUUCGACCCAAAUAACCCAUUGUGUCCUGGUGUCACUCGUGCUAAUGGAGUCAAAAAUCCGAUAUAUUCGUCAACCUUCGUCUUUACUAAUGAUUUUCCAGCUUUGCUGGAGGAUGUACCAUUGCCACCAGAAAAUAAUGACCCGCUGUUUCAAACCGGGGGUGCUCGUGGUACUUGCAAAGUAAUGUGUUUUCACCCAAAAUCAAACAAAACAUUGCCACUAAUGACACCGAAGGAAAUUCGUUCAGUUAUUGAUGCAUGGAUUAAGGAAUACAACUUAUUGGGUAGUAAAUAUCCUUGGGUGCAAAUAUUCGAAAACAAAGGCGCCAGUAUGGGAUGUUCUAAUCCACACCCACACUGUCAAAUUUGGGCGUGCUCUUGUUUGCCCAACGAGCCACGUGUAAAAGAUGAGAAGCUACGUGAGUACUUCCAAACUCAUGGUACGGCACUUUUGGAAGAUUACGUCAAAAAAGAAAUCAUAAAGAAGGAACGCAUCGUGUUGGAAAACCCCGACUGGUUAGUUGUUGUUCCAUUCUGGGCCAGUUGGCCUUUCGAGACAAUGGUCGUUUCAAGGAAUGGUAAUCGGCGUAUUUCUGAUUUAAACCAACAACAAAUAAAUAAUUUAGCGAUUGUUAUGAAAGAACUCACAAUCAAAUAUGACAAUUUGUUCAAGUGCUCAUUUCCAUACAGCAUGGGAUGGCAUGGCGCACCAACUGGAACAUUAUCCAAUAAUGAUGAUAAUCAUUGGACUUUGCAUGCCAUUUAUUAUCCACCAUUACUUCGGUCGGCAACGGUACGUAAGUUUAUGGUCGGUUUUGAGUUACUUUGUCAGGCACAGCGAGAUCUAACCCCUGAACAGGCAGCUGCAAAGUUACGUCAACUAUGUGGAAAAAAACACUAUAGUGAGCAUAUAUAGAUAUUUUCUAGUUUGUAAAGGCUAUCGAAUAUGAAACAGUAAAAUCCAUUUCGAACGUAUAUUGAAAAAAAAACAGUUUACAUUUUUUUUAAACUUCGGCGUCUGUCCAGACUUUGCAGCUCAUGUAGUAAUAACGCUACA